ACAAGAGCAGCAUACAAAGGAGAUGGGUUCUUGCAACAAAUCAUUUACAGAUAGAAAACUGUGUCGUCAGCGAAGCGAAAAAGACCAACAUGCUCACCAUCACACAAAUGGUGGAGGAAAGCCGAAACCCGGUUGUCGACAUCCGAAGCCGAGCUCGAAACUGAAGCCUCCAUCUUUACAAUGUAGAACCUUGUACGCAUAUGACGCUCAAGACACUGAUGAACUCAGCUUCAAUGAGGGGGAUAUUAUAGACAUUGUUACAGAAGAUUCUGCUGGUUGGUGGACUGGAACGCUAAGAGGAAAGGACGGACUGUUUCCAGCUAACUAUGCUGAGAAAAUAUGAUGUCUCAUAUUGGAACGCUAAGAGGAAAGGACGGACUGUUUCCAGCUAACUAUGCUGAGAAAAUAUGAUGUCUCGUAUUGGUCCUUCAUUGUAAUUUAUAGCAAAGCAGGACUUGUGUCAUUGUUAUUAUUGACCUUAUUUAAACAUAUGUCGAUGUUGUAUAUAAUAAUAUAUCAUAUGUUUCCGGUACGGAAAGAAAAAUCCGACCCUCGGGCACGCCCGUUAGCCGGUAACGAGCUUGCCGAGUUACCGGUCACGCUCCGUGCCCGAGAGUCGGAUUUUUCGAUCUGGACCGGAAUAGCAUGAUUGAUAUUUUUACUUGCAUACCUUAAAUUAUAAAUUUGAGGAAAAUUGAUGUAGAAAACGCAUUUUGAACAUUUCACCAAAAAGCGCGUGCGACGUUGUGUACUGACGUCAUUAAGCGCAGUAACUUAAAUCACUAUCGACGUCAAAUAGUUACUUUAAAAAUCGCGCUUUUACGAUUAUUAAUUUCAAUUUUAAUUAAAAGUAUUGUAUACUUAUAUUUUUAAUAGCGCUUUAUUGACAUUGCAUAGAAAAGAAAUAAGAAGUGGCGCGUUGUUGCGCUCGACUCAUCUUACAUGGGGGGUGUAAGACGAGUUUUCCAGCACCGAACACAUGACCUGAAACACACAUCCGAUAUGCAAGAAUAUAUAUUCUUUCUUUGUCUUCUUAUGACAACUGAUAUUUCAAUGACUCCUGUGCUAAUAGUACUUAAUUAUUAUGUGUUCAUAUUUCUUAUUUCAAUUGAUGUCAGAAGAUGAGAAAAUGUCAUGUUUUGCCACUUCAUAGUUUAUUGUGAAGGAAUUUACGAAGCGGAAGGACUAUCUAGAGUAUUAAGGGAUGUCUCUGUAAGCACAAACGUUUUAAACAUAUGCAUCCUUUCAGAGUGUAUAGAUGAAUUUCAUGUUUCCUUUCAAUGUAACAAAAUCAGGCAAGAAAGGCAAUCUUAUAUCUAUAAAUGAUACACCGAUAGGCAGGAUUUCAAAAACGUCAUAAAUCAAAGAAAAGUCUAAACGAUGACCGAAUAAAAAUAUAGCAUACUUUGUAAAUGUUAUAACGAAACAGAAAGAUAAGGAAAAAUUACUGUUAUUUAGAAAUAUUAUAUUGUAUAUACUGUA